CAACUGUCAGGAAAGAAGACAUGAUGUCAAGUGAGCUUCAAGGUGCAAUUGCUCGGCUUUUCUUACACAAAUUUUCUAACCUGAUUAACUAGAAUCAGAGUUAUCAAGGGAAGCUACAGCUGAUGGAGGAGCUCAAUUUGUUGGAUAGGUUCUCUUAUGUCCCCCGGAUGGUUUUGGAGCUCCACUAGGGCUUUGCCCUAGCCGCCGCCUAUCCGUCUGACAGCAAAAUUAUGGCUCCUCUUUUAAGUUUUUUAAGGUGGUCUCUUUCCUCUCUUCUUGCUUUUGUUCUUCUCCUUUUCUUUUAUGGUCUCUCACCAUGAUUUUCAUCUCAAUCGCCUCGUCGACCGAAUGGCGGACUCACUGUUGCUUGAUCCGGAUUUCCUGAAGGUGAAGUGGCAUUCUCGUUCAUUUUUGGAUGUUUUUUUCGUAAGUUCUUUUUUAAAUGGAUUUCCUGAUCUUAAGAAUUCUACAUGCAUUUCGUGGGCUUCCUUCCCUAUGGAUUUCCGAAGAGGAAAUUUUAGCUUUAGCAGCUCCAUUUGAAUUUUCUUUAGUUGGUAAAUUCCAUGAUCGUAGGCCAUCACUUGAUUCAAUUAGGAAUUUCUUUUUCAAUCUUAAGCUUAAGAGAGUUUUCUUUGUUACCCUUCUGAAUCCCAAGCAUGUGUUAAUUAAACUUGAGAAUGAUUUGAAUUACAGUCGCAACUUCUCCCAUCGAUUGUAUUUUGUGCAUAACUGCUACAUGAAACUUACAAAAUGGUCGCCUUUCUUACAUGUCAACGUGGAUUCCCAUGUUAUUCCGAUAUGGUGCAAUAUCCGUUGGAUCGAGACCUUCUGUUGCCCGCAUACUGGUUGAGCUGGAUAUCUCCGAGCAUUAUCCCGAUCGUAUAUGUGUUGGCCCAAAUACAUUUGGUUUCAUUCAAUCUGUUGAAAUGAAAGCUUCUCCUUCAUUUUGCGAUUUGUGUAAAGCAUUAAGACAUUCAGCUGUAGAAUAUCACAAACUUCACCCUCAUUUAGGUGAUAAUCUGGUGGGCACUUUGUCCUCACCCCCACAUGUUAAUGAUGUUGUUAUUGGUUAUUUUAUGGAUGGCAUGGAUGAGAGAACUCAUGUGGUUAAUACUGUGAUUAAUAGUAGCCCCAACUCUGAUGGUUUUUCUCUUAGUGAUGUUCCCUCUACUUAAAAUGUUGAAGUAUUGCCUGUUUUUUAUUCGAAUGAAGGUGAGUUAAUUGUUGGUUAAAAGGCUAUUGAUAUUACUAAUGUUAGUCUUCCUCCUUA